UCCGCCAUGAUCGUAACCCAGUCCCUUCAGUAAAUGCACAGUAAAUAUUUUUCGUAUCCACCAUUUUCCAUAAAACCAUUUGAAACCACCAGAAUGUGAUUAUUCACACAAGAGAGAUCCAUUGAUCGUGUGGUGAAAGGAAGAGCGCAAAAUGCUAUCAGUGCAGUUUGAAUGAUUCAUUCCUAAUUAAUCAUUACUCUGGAAUUAUUCGAAUAAUGAAAAAAUUUAAAAUAAUGGUGAACGGUGUACUCGGUUAUGUUCUCGUGUGUCUCGUUAUUCUGGGGGCUAUUGGUGAUGCUCAUGGGGAAUCGGAGCCAACGGGGAUCUGCUCCAUGUCAGGAUGCAACUGUACCAUCGUUGUGCAUCAUUGGAUUACCGUCAGGUGUAUUUUUUCGGAGUACGAGGAUGUUGAGCUCCAGAAAGGGAGCAUUCCAGAGGAUGCAUCAGAGGUAUCAGUGUCUCGGUGUCGAGAACUGAAGAUUCAUUCAGGUGCAUUCAGAGGAGGGGCCCAACUAAAACGAGUGCACGUCACUGGAAUCCGUAGUUUCGUGGCAAAGGGACAGGCAUUUCAAAAUAUAACAGCACCUAAUCCCCUCCUAGAGGUGUCUGAAUGCACCAAAGUUGUCCUAGAGUCUCACGCCUUCAAAAAUGCCAGAGGAACACUUUCGGUGUCAAUAUCGAAGUGCCAGCACGUGGAGAUAAAGCCUAACGCCUUCUCCUGGCUGUUGAGGUUCACGAUUAAGGAAGUACCAACACUAGAAUUAUCUAGUAAUGCCUUCAAGUUCGAGGCACCACCUUAUGGACGACAUGGACCAGCAACCAAGAUUAUGUUCCAGAGUGUCAGGAUUUCGGAACUUCCAAGUCUAACCUUUCCAUCAGCAGCUGCUGAGAUACGAAUGGAUGACGUGUGGACGAGAGUCAUUCGGAAGGAUGCAUUCUGUGCGAUGAUGAUAUCGAGUGUCAGAAUAGCUAAUGCAUCGAUAUUUGAGAUUGAAUCUGGUGCAUUCAGUCAUCAGACACUGUUUCCCAAUUUGGAAUUGAUUGAGGUCAGACUGAAGAGCAUCAAGAGUGGAGCAUUCAGAGCUGCUUUCACAAAUUUCAGUAUUCAGUAUUCAAGGAUCAAUGAAAUCGAUGAAGGAGGGAUUGACUCUUCAGCAAUUGCUGUGACCUUCAACAACAACGAAUUCCACAGCCUCCGGAAGAAUGCUGUGACCCUGAAGCAGUGGAGUAAAAUAGCAAUAGUUGAGAAUUUAUUUGUGGAAUUGGCAGAGAAUGCCAUUGUUGCUGACGACAUAGCUAAAUCAACGGCUGAAUACCCAAACAAUGAAUUCUCGUUUCUUGGAAAUCGAAUUAACAAACCAGCUGAUGGCUCUCUGAGAUUUGUCUCUGUCAGUGAGAGAGUGACAUACGCCAAAGUGGGAAACAAUUUCUUUGAGAAAAUUUGCAGUUGUGUUAUCGAGGAUUGGAUGCAUCAAAUAUCGGGAAGAAAUACAUCGACUUCCUGGAUGAUGGACUCAAGUUUUUGUGUUGCUGGUGAGUGGUUGGAGAAGUGUUUCAAAGCACCUCAGGGAUAUUUGGCAAUGAGAAAUUUUACGAAUGCAAUCUGCACACCUGACGGUGACAUAACGUGCAAAGAGCCAACGGAAAAGUCAAAACCAAGUGUCAGUCCACCGAGUGUCGGUCCACACGUAUAUCCCAGGUUAAACAGUUACUUCGACGUUGAAAUGAGUGAUCCGGAACAAUUGGAGCAUGAGAAGAGAUUAAUUAUCAUAGUGUGUGCUGCUGCAGUAUUCGUUGUUGUUGGUGUAAUUUUAACGUGCGGUAUUAUCUACAUGAGACGACGUGGUGUCUGUCCAAAACUCAUAUCACGAUCAUUGAAUUUCUCGAGUUCCUGGCUGUCACCCACCAAUGGAAUAACCGCGGCAACAUCAGCAAGAUCGAUAUCUCGAUUGAGUAUUAAUGAAUACGCUGGACUCCAUCCAGAGGCCAGGACAAUUGAUCUAGAGGAUCAGACAAUCAUCCACGAGGACAACACCGAGGAUUUUGCUUACACCGAGAACAAAGCGACUCAAACACUUCCAGAAGAGCUAACUGAGGAGUACCUCAAGGAGCUCAGAGAGCGUCUCAAUGAUCCCGAUAAUUACAGCCAAGCCAGAGACAUGAUCGAGCAUCUUUACGACUUGAUAAAAGUUGAAGAGAACUGCAACAACAAUAACAGCGAGAGAGGUGAAGAAAAUGCUUACGACAUAAUCGCACCCAGAAUCAAAAGAUCGAGGAACACAAGACCAACAGUGAGUGUUGGAACCAGAGUGCCAUCGCUGGAGAAGCUUCAACCAUCGGACAAUGCAAUGAGACCAGCAAUUGCUGAGUACAUGGAACCAAGAGAUCAGAAAACCUGCGAUCUCCAUCACCUGUACGCCGAAUUGCCUGGUGAUGAGACAGUACCAAGCACCAGCAGACUAUCUCAAACAAUUCCUUUCAAUUUAACAGCAGCUUCAACAGCUGUUGCCAAUCGAGCACCUCAACCAUUACCACCUGAUGUUGUCAAUGAUCAUUUGAUCGAUCCAAAUCGCCAUCACAAUUAUGCCAAUCCUUAUCAACCAACCGAGAGACACGAUCAGACACAGCACAAGGAGCAACGACCACUGACAUUCUUGAAAGCCCUGGGUGACAGUAUUUUGGGAUCUAAAAACAAGAGACCAGCCAAUUCUUUACUUUGUGAAUACACAACCCCUGGUGAUCUCAGUGCACAUCUUUACUCGGAACUUCCUGAUUCAAGUGCCUCAAUCGUCAAAAUGGCUAACCGACCACUACCAAAUAAACCUGAUCAGGACUACGAUGGAACAUGAAUUAUCAAUCGUCACGCUAUCAUUGCAACAUUGUGCCAAGUUAUUUAUCUGUGAUAAAAUAUUUUUCUCUUCAAGCACAAAACUGGUAAAUUGCGGAGAGACGUUCAUUAUUUUUAAAUCGAUUCUAGUGUCGUGAAAUUAUUAUCAGUAGUCGGACAAAAGCAAUUUAACAUAUCCUUAUCAGUCUAUAUUUGUAUAUAUGUAUUGCUCCGUGAUAUUAACAAUCGCGUGGAGUUGAUUAUCAAGCGAUUAUCUAGAGUAAAUACUUUUGUAUUAUCUGUUUCUGUAUCUCUGUCGCUAAAAAAAAACAGACAAUGCCAACA